GUUAAAGUGUAUCAAAGUGUCGCCCCCGGCGUUUGUGAUGAAUGACGUAUUUUGUAUAGAACGUUGGAUGCAGUUUAGUUUUUUCCUUCGUUAUGUAAAAUAGACAUCAAUAACAUACAUGAGAUGUGCAAUAACAUGGAAUUUCUUAUUAUAAUUAAGUUGGUUCUUGGGCUGAUUACCAUUACAAACAGUCAUAAAUCAUAUUUGAAGCGAAUUCCGAAUGGAGAUUACGUGCCGAAUCCGUGUCACCCAGGGGAAUUAUGGGAAGGGGUGGGACAUCUUAAACCUGAAGGUUAUGGGAAGAGGAACCAAUUCGGCCAUGAUUUUAAAAAGCAUGGAAAGAAAUGGUCACGUGAUUUUUGUUUGUUGGACUCGGACGGAGACGGUCGGACAAACGGUGAAGAGCUCGGUGACCCGGACUGCCGAUGGCACCACGGUGUUGGGAUGAAUGCUACAUCAGAAAAUAUAACACAUCCAGGUAUUUGCGAGCCUUUAACUUCAAAACAUUGUAAAUCAAUUAACAAAUGGCUUAAAUGCGACAGGACCGAAUUCAAGUGUGACGUCAUCAAUGACCAAGCUACGAAAAACUUUACCAUCACUAUUCCUAAAAUGAAGAUUCCCGUACAGACAACGACUCACAAAUGCAUGGUGUUUGAUUUCCCCCAGGAUGGAGAUUUUCACAUGGUUGCGACAACCCCGCACGUUGACAACAAAAUGGUCUUGCACCAUGUUUUGAUUUAUGGCUGCGAUGAAAACAAACAGCCAAGACAUGCUGUGAACGAAGUGUAUGACUGCAAUCUAGCAUUUGAUCCGGCUUGUACGGAUCUACUUUCAGUGUGGUUGCUUGGAAUACCUGGGGAAUGUAUGCACGAAAAAAUGGGAUUUAGAAUCGGGAAAUUCGGAUAUAAAAGGGGUGGAAUACAAGUACAUUGGGAAAACCAGCAGCUCCUCCCAAAUCUAUUUGACGGCUCAGGCAUGACGUUGUACUACACCGAUCAACUGCGCAUGCACGACGCCGGUGUGCUAUUUAUAGGACAAGAUCACAUGGUCAUACCUCCCGGCAAGAAGAGUCAUACGGAAGUCGGCCAUUGUUAUAAGGAAUGUUCAGAGAGGAAAUGGGCGGGAGAUUUACACGUAACAGUUGCAAUCAAUCAUAUGCACUAUUUAGGCCGUAGACAGACGAUUGAACAUUUAAGAAAUGGUGACGUCAUUAAUGUCAUCACAGACGAGCAACAUUAUGAUUUUGAUAGUCCAGAGCUUCACGUUUUUCAGGAACCGGUGACCAUCAAACCUUCAGACGAACUUCGUACUACAUGCGUUUACGACUCGAGCUCGCGUGACGUCACAACUAGAGCCGGAUCUGGGUACCAGGAUGAAAUGUGUUUCGGAUUCCUCACUUAUUUUCCUAAGCAAGCAAUAAAUAACGGGGCAACAAUCUGCACUUCCUGGAAAACAUUACCUCACUGUAGAUUUGAAUUAGACGAUAAAGUUUACGAAUGUGAUUUCAAAAAUGUACGGAAUAUGUCACAUCCGGGGACGAAGGAAAUAUUUGAUAAAGUUAUGAAACACUGUAGACCAUUUGGACCAUGUUAUAAAGAUUGCCUUGCCGUUGUCAAGGAAAUAUCAAAACUACCUUGUUACCAUGGUGACAUGUGGGACUGGCAGCGUAACAAGAUUAGCGGACCUUUUGAUUAUAAACCGGAAACAGCCGAGUGGUACCGAUUUUAUUCAGCGUUUGAUUCAUGUUCGCAGGAGUUAAAUGCUUGUGGAAACCAGUCUGAUAUUUUAUUUCAUGAAGUUAAUGGUGGCAUUAAACAAUCAGAGUUUUAUGUAUCUUUAACAUUGACUUUAUCAAUGUUAUUUACUAAGUCAAUUAAUUUAUGAUGAAUAUAGUGAUUUUUUCAUUUAAAUGGCAUUUCAAGUUAAAGGUUGCUUAGCAGGUUUUCUGUAAGAAUUUUGAAAAUGGAGGUAAAAUCUUUUGGUUUUAUUUCUUGAUAAUAUAUAAUAAUCCUCUCAGUGCGAGAAUUGUAAUGAAAUUGUCCGGAUUAAGUUGAUACCGAAGACAUAUGAGCCGUGUCACGACAAAACCAACAUAAUGGGUUUGCGACCAGCAUGGAUCAAGACCAGCCUGCGCAUCCGCGCAGUCUGAUCAGGAUCCAUGCUGUUCGCUUACAAACCCUUUAACAAGUAUAGAAACUGAUAGCAAACAGCAUGGAUCCUGAUCAGACUUCGCGGAUGCGCAGACUGGUCUAGAUCCAUGCUGGUCGCAAACGCACUAUGUUGGUUAUGUCGUGACACGGCUCAUAUUUGGUAUGAACAUACUUGUUGCUUUCUCUUAAAAACGUUAAAAUACAACAAUACAAUAAUGCAAAUCAGUCGUGGAUAAAGGAUUUUUUUCAGAGUUGAUAGCAAAUUUCGACAAAUGGGAAUGCUUAUUCCAAUAGGGCUUGACUUUUAUAUAUCUAAAUUUUUAAAAAAGAUCAUCAAUAUUUUUUUUGUGCUAAUUUUCACUAUUUUUGUGGGAUUUUCGCUAAAAACAAACAAAACAUAUAAGUUGUUGUCAAUCUCAGAGGGGUUCCACAUUCUAGUCAAAUCCCGGGGGAAUGAAGGUAGCGAGGGAGGGCGGGGAGGGUCAAAACCCCUUUUAGACAACUCUGGUUCCGCGCAUGCAAAACAAGAGGGUGUAUGUAGAUCUCACUGCACUUGUAUAUGACGUAAGUUUCUAUAAAUAACAUACUAAAAAU